UCAGCGCAGGUGGGCGGGGCUUGUUGCUAUACGGAAGUGAAGAAUGAAUACGCAGCUGUGUGGAUUAGCGGUGUGUGAUGGCGGUGUGUGAUGUUUUCUGUUUAACUUUCUGUAAGAAUCCGGAGCUGAUAUGAAGGCGGGUGCCUCGUGUGUGUGGGCAUCGUGUUGUGGUCUGCUGAACGAGCUGAUGGGGGCGGGGGCGGUGAGAGGACAGCAGUCCGGGUUCGGAGGAGGCGGUCCAUUCCGCUUCCCUCCUUCUGCUGGAUAUUCCACACACACAAACCCUCACACACACACACACACUCAUUCACACACACUCAGCUGUCAAUCAUGUAGGGAGAGCUUCUCCAUCUUCAGAAGGAGGUAUUUGUGCUGUGAGUGUAGGCGGAGUUUCUGCUCGCUGUGUUCGGUUCUGCAGGAGAACCUGAGGAUCUGCUGCACGUGUAACCUGCUGAAGGGGACGGCGUUCCAGCGGCCACGCCUCAUGAAGCUGCGCGUUAAAGACCUGCGGCGCUACUUAACACUACGCAACAUCAACACCGACACCUGCAGAGAAAAAGAGGACUUGGUGAAUUUAGUGUUGUUUCACCAAGGGGUGGAGCGUGAGGAGGAGGUGGACAUGUCCACAUUCCCCACGAGACCACUGUAUACCCCUCCUACCACAGACUCCGCCUCCCUUCUCUCAACUGCUCAAGAAGAGACAAUCAGUAGGGACGAUGGCUCCGGAUAUACUACUGAGCAGCUUGUCGACUCUGCAUCACUUUUCACUCUCGAGCCCACAGAACAAACCCCAGAGGUGGUGCGGAGGGCGGGGCGAGUGUCUCUCUCUGACCUGUCCUGUGUGGAUGAGGUGGAGCAGCUCCCCGUGCGACAGCUGAAGGAAAUCCUGGCCCGGAAUUUUGUCAACUUCUCUGGCUGCUGUGAGAAGUGGGAGCUGGUGGAGAGAGUGAGGAGGCUGUACACUGUGGUAUUGGUGGAAAACGUGAACCAUGCCGUCAGCACAGUCGUAGCUUUUCCUCCUGAUGCAAUCAGAGGUGAAGGAUCUGCUCGGCUGGCAGCGGAUGAGAAUUUGUGUCGUAUCUGCAUGGACGCGGUGAUCGACUGCGUGUUGUUGGAGUGCGGUCACAUGGUCACGUGUACAAAGUGUGGAAAGCGAAUGAGCGAGUGUCCGAUCUGCAGACAGUACGUCAUCCGCGCUGUCCACGUCUUCAGGUCCUGACGUCACACACGAUAUGUAAAUAUUCCACAGGAGACAACGAUGCAGCAUCUAUUUACACACACACACACACAUUUUGGCUGCGGAGUCAGAUCGGCUCCUCCUUCACAACUCAGGAUAUAAAGUUCCAGUUGCUUUUCUUCUCGUUCAUUGUGUGUCAGUGUAAACGCCACCGUUAGUGUCAUUAGAUGUGAGGGGUUGAGUGAAAUGAGGCAACGCUGAACACUUGUGUUAAUAAACAGAAGACAACAACCCUCAUCUUCACCUGGAACCCCAGAGCAAUACGUGUGUGUGUGUGAGAGAGAGAAAGAGAGAGAGGGAGGAUUGGUGUGUGUGUGUGUGUGUGAGAGAGAGAGAGAGCGAGGAUUGAUGUGUGUGUGUGUGAGAGAGAGAGCGAGGAUUGAUGUGUGUGUGUGUGAGAGAGAGAGAGAGCGAGGAUUGAUGUGUGUGUGUGUGUGAGAGAGAGAGAGAGCGAGGAUUGAUGUGUGUGUGUGUGAGAGAGAGAGCGAGGAUUGAUGUGUGUGUGUGUGUGAGAGAGAGAGAGAGAGGAUUGAUGUGUGUGUGUGUGUGUGAGAGAGAGAGAGAGAGCGAGGAUUGAUGUGUGUGUGUGAGAGAGAGAGAGGAUUGGUGUGGGUGUGUGUGUGAGAGAGAGAGGGCGGAUUGACGUGUGUGUGUGACAGAGAGAGAGAGGAUUGGGGUGUGUGUGUGAGAGAGAGAGAGCGAGAGGGAGGAUUGAUGUGAGGGUAACAGUGUGUUAUACAUCGUGUUAAUUACUUUGUGUUUCACUCACACGUUUAUUUUGUUCUGUAAUGGAUUAAUAAACAAGAUGUAACUUCUCACUCUGCCUGGUGUUGAAAUAAAGAGAUGAAUAAAA